AUGUCGACUGUACCAGGGCUUUCCCUUCCGAAGCCACUGCGACAUUUCUUCGCGCUUUUCCCUCUCUAUACGCAUGCGUCCGUCCCUUCCCCAUACACCGCCCAACCUGUUACCGCGCCCACGCUCUGGAUCCAUGCUCCUCGUGAUGAAACUUCGGAUCUCCUCAGCAGCGAUGUCGAGUGUCUGAAAUGGCAAGCGUACCUAGCCCUGCGUGGGUUGUCACAAGUCUAUGUCCGGUCGGACGUCUCGCAAGAUGGUGCGCUCGAAGGAAGACUGCCUAACCUACAUGUCCCUGCAAAGGAUGGGGAUCCGGGCGGGGAGCUCCUUGCUGCGCACCUGAUAUCAGAAUGGGUGGAUAAACAGAAGGGAGGGCUCGGUGAGUUGGAGGGGUACGUAGACGAGGCAGCCCGGGACGAGAGCCGUUCAUGGUUCUCAUUGCUGGAGGGGAACGUGCAUGCUGCCCUUACACUCUCGCAAUCGCCGCCUCCCUUCCUCGCUUCGCUGUUGUCACCUUUUCCCGUGAAGCAUCGAACAAUCGAGACAAUGCUGAAUCCGCCACCUGCAUUUCUUACUGGUAUAAGCUCCCUUAUCCCGCCUUAUGGAGUACACGUCGAUCGCACUGCCGUAACGCUGCAGUAUAGGGACGCGAUUGCAGCAUUGUCCGACCGGUUAGGCACAGACAGGUGGUUCCUUGGCUCAACGAAUCCGACAAAACUGGAUGCUCUUGUCUUUGCAUAUCUGCACUGCAUCCUGCACUCCAAAGACAACGCGGUACGCAUCGAAGUAUCUCGGCGGGUGAAUCUCGAGGCAUGGGAACGUCGGGUACAAGAACUGGUCUGCGCUGCUUUCGAACGUAGACCCUCAGUACAGAACAAAGCGCCGUGA